UGGUCUAUCCCAUACGUGACGUCCAACUCUAGACGAACGCCUUCGAUGUAGCGUCGCCAGAACAUCGAUGAGGAUGAGGUCAUUGCUGUUUUGAUGUUUGCUUUGAUUUUGAAUACAGAAUCGUGAAUACAGGAUCGAUCGUCAUUGUUGUUCUCAUCCUCGAACUCGCCAAAGUUUUUUUUUUUUUCCUGUUCUUUUUAACGUGAUGACUUCAUCGCUGGAAUGGAAGGCAUGGUUGCUGCGGAGCUUUGAACACUGCGAGGGAGGUCUGUUACGAGUCAACGACAUAAUUUCUGAUGCAGAGCAAGUGAAAGAAAAAUUUGCCCGCCCUCCCAACUCGAAACUUUUCGGUCACUUAAUAAAGCAAAUAUGGGGAUGCAGAGUAAAGCUAGUAAAACGGGGCUCGCACAAACAAAGGCGGGUGAAUUACUAUGAAAAUCUGCAGCGAAAAUCGCCCUGUAACACCAGCUUGGUUGACCUUAGGUCACAGAUGCAGCAGAUCUCAUCCCUGAAAGGUUGGCACUUACUUGAUCAAGGAGAAGAUCUCUCUUUCAUCCGCCACGAGUCUUGGUCAUUUAAAAACCAAAGAGUGAUUACGGAGAUUAAAGUAAGGGACGAAAAUGGAUUCAACUCCAUUUCAGUACAAGCACAUGGAUGUCAAACUUACAUCACCGAUUUCUUCAAAUUCGACUGCCCUGAAAACCAACAAGGCAGAAUAGAAUUGGUCUUGUCCACUGUUAAUAGCUACCCGUUAUGUCGUGGGAUUACAGUUACAAAUGAGGCACUACAUACUACGCUUCCCUAUGAAAGUGGCAAUUACUCCGCUGAUUUGACAAGUUCAGCAAACAAUUCGGAAAGGAGAGCAUUUUCUGCAAAAUGUUUAAUUAUCUGCAGUUUAGGUGAUUCUUGCACCAAUUGCAAAAAAUUGCAAUAUUCGGUUCGGCAAUGCAAAAAGAGAAAACUUGAGAACAACGGAAUAGUCAGCCCCUUUACCAACAAGCGCUUCCUCUCCAAAGCCGAAGUAAGCAAGCAGCUUCAAAAAGAGAGGCAAGCAGGGCUAAAUGCAGAAAAAAGGGAAAAGUAUUGGAGGGAAAAGUUUGAGGCAGAGUGCCUGGAGAUGGAUGAUGAAGACCAUACAGUGGACGAUAGAAUAUUGCGGGUGACAGAAAGCACUGAAGUAGAUGGACAUAUUAGGAUAAGGAUUUCAAGAGGUACAACUUAAAUACCUACCAGCCAUGUGAUAACGAUGAAGCAA